AUUCAUUUAAGAGAACGUCAGUCGCCGAAGAUAUAAUCGAUAACCGAUAGAUAAUUUGAAUAAAAUUGAAAUUAAUCUAUGAUGAUACGCAAAGCAUUUUAACUUUAUUAAGUCAACUUAAAAGAACUGAUUUUGAUAAAGAAGCAUCUAAAUAGUAUCAGGAAGAUACAUUAAAAAUUAAAUUCUUUGAUUAAAAAUGUGAUGUGAAUUCUGUCUGUGUGUGUGUGUCAAGAAAAAAAGUUGAUUUUGUCGUGAACUUGAUUUUCGCAUAUGAUUUUCGCUGGAAUAACGCUGCGGCUCUUAGUAAUGGACUUGAAUAUUGCUUGAUUAAAACGUUGACGCGCUGAGUAGAAAACUUGUUGUUUUUUUCACUGGAAUAACGUUGACGCGCUGAGUAGUGAACUUGUUUUUUUUUUCACUGGAAUAACGUUGACGCGCUACGUGGUAAGCUUUUUUUCACUGGAAUAACAUUGACGCGCUACGUGGUAAACUUUUUUUCACUGGAAUAACGUUGCGGCGCUAAGUAGUGAACUUGUGUUUUACUGGAAUAACGUUGACGCGCCACGUUGUCUUGAUUUUUACUGGAAUAACGUUGCAGCGCUAAGUCGAGAACUUGAUUUUCGCUGGAAUUACGUUGACGCGCUAAGUAUUGAACCUGUUUUCACUGGAACAGCGUUGUGGCGUUACGUGGUGAACUUGAUUUCGUUGGAAUAACGUUGCGGCGCUAUGUGGUGAACUUUUUUCCUACUGGAAUAACGUUGACGCGCUUAGUAGUGAACUUGUUUUUCACUGGAAUAUCGUAGCUGAUCGUUUGUGGUGAAUUUGUGUUUUACUAGAAUAACGUUGACGCGCUACGUGGUGAACUUGUUCUUUUUACUAGAAUAACGCUGCAGUGUUACGUGGUGAACUUGUUUUUUUACUGAAUAUCUUGACUUUGCUGGAAUAUCGUUGCAGAUUGUUUGUGGUGAAUUUGUUUUUCGCUGAUAUAUAACUUUGCGGCGUGAAGUCCUAAAAUGGAAUUGGCAAUUUGUUGGUUUACAGCUAUCAUACUGUCUAGUCAAUUACGGGUCACUCAGGCAGCGCCACCAACAAUUACUGGCCUACCAACCACUCUGUAUGUCGGUGAACUAGAGAACAUCGCGGGGCAGGAACGUUUCCUGUACACGUAUACCAUCAGUGACCAAGAUAAGGACGCGUUUACUUGCGUCAACACCAUUACCGGAAGUCCUAAUACUGCAGCUGGCGAUGAGUUUAACAUCAGAAAGGAUUCUUCUACCGGUGAAUGGAAGCUCUACCUCACAGCAGCAGGAGCAGCCAGCCGCGAUACAACUUCCGUUGGGACACUAAUUACGUCAUACGCAAACGUCAUCCAGUGCACGGACGCCGGGGGGGAGCGGUCACUCAAUCUUAUACCGUUACCGUGAGCGUUGUUCCUGGGGAACUGCUUACGUUACCGAACGUAGAGGGGACCGGAAACUCAAUUACGCUUGACGCGCUGGCAACGACAAAGACGACGUUAUUGAAGACGUUAACGGCGAGCAGUCAGGGCGGUAACCUCGUUAAUUACACGUUGGUCAGUAACCCAUCCUUCUCGCCGGAGUUCUUUAAGAUUGACUCAAGCACAGGGCAGAUAACCGCAAACAGGGACUUGAAGUACCUAGACUCGAGCACUCCCACUGUGUAUCUGACAGUAAAGGCACAUGACACGGUGGACCUUAUAGAUGUCUACAAGACCCAGAUAGUCAACCUGAACAACCAAAACACGGUACCGCGUAUAGUGAACUUGGACCCGACGGUGAGCGAUGCUCAACUGGAGUCCCUGGCCGUCGGCACCGUGCUCUUCACCUUGACGAUCGAGGACCCCGACACCACAAAUACUCACUCCUACCGCGUGUCCUGUACCCCACCCGACGGCGACAACUCGUUCACUAUUGAUGCAAACGGUAACGUCAUUCUAUCCCAGGCGCUGGACUACGAAUCGAUAACGUUUUACACGUGUGAUUUCUACGUCGAUGACUCAAUCUCAGAAGGCGGUCCGUUUACGUACGAACUGACUGUACAAGACGCAAACGAGUCGCCGACUUUCGCAGAUAACAUGUACUAUGCGUCAACGUCCGAGGCUUCGGCGGGAUCUGUGUCGUUCGACCCAGGUUUUUCUUGCACGGAUCAGGACGCUGGGGACUCCGCCACGUUAACGUACGGUUUUCAUCCAGCCAACAACAGUCAGAGAUUUGCCAUUAACUCCGCAGGCGUCAUGACUUUCAAGGAGGAUUAUGACGUCGACAACAGUAACAUGCCGUCGCCAGUGAUUCUGACGGUCUACUGUAUAGAUGAUGGCGGGACGACGGGCGUUAUGAAAACGGGGUCAAGUCAAGUGACCGUCACAAUCUCGGACACAAACGACAACACGCCGACGUUUGCCUCCACCGCUUACACGAUAGGUGUGUCUUCUUCCCAAACAGCAGGAUCACAAAUAGGAGCGGUGACGGCCACGGACGCGGACAGCGGGACAAACGCGGACUUGUCAUGUUCGGGAACCUCAAGCUCCGCCUACUCGGCCUACUACACUGUGGGCGCCGACUGCAAAAUCUACCUGUCCAAGACGCCUGAUUUCGCUUCCGGUACAACCGUUACAUACGUAACAAGAGCGGUUGACAAGGGUAAUCCUGCCAAGACAGGCACGACCACUGUAGAUAUCAUCUACCAGGAUGACACGACGACAACCACUACUACUGCAGCAACAACCACAGCAUACAACUUCUUUGACCACGGUGAAAAUAUCGCCAUGUUCGUUCUAACUUUACUGAUGGGGUUGGCAUUGUUAGGGGCGUUGCUAUACUGUUGUUUGCGGAUGUGCUGUGGUGGAGGGGGUAUGGGAGGAAUGUGCAGUAACAUGUGCGACUGCAGACAACAGAACCGAGCUAGGAGGGGCAGAUAUCCCCCAAGACAAGUCACGCCAGAUUCGAAAGUACCGGCCACCGUCCCCGGUCCGACAGCCCACUCCUCCGCCGAAGAUUAUAGAGCGACAACCCCAGCUUAUACGGACUAUUGGACGGCCAAUGCAAUAUGGAGGCUUGCAACCUUCCACCGUGCGACUGAUUCGCUCACCCGCCGUCCUUCCGCCGGGAUAUUUCCCUUGACACUCUUUAUAUGUAUAUUAAAUUCGACCAGCUGGAGGAUACAUGCGUCCGCCACCAUCUCUUCCUGGAUAUUACCCUUGACCUUGACCUCCCCGUGACCUUUAAACGUUUGACCUUCACAUUGUAUACCACAAAUGAUGGUCACAAAGCUUGAACACUAUAAAUAACAUUAUGCCCUUCAGUCCUUUGAUAUUGUUUGCGAAGUAAUAAUUUGACAUUUCAAUAAAUUCUAGGAGCAAAAAAAAAUAAUGUCAUUAUAUAUAUGUAAAAUAAAUACAUUUUUCAAGUCAAACUCUUAGAAUUUUAUUGAUAUGUCAAAUCAUUACUUUUUUACUCUUUGAGUAGUUGUUGUUACGAGUAAAGGAUUAAUGAUGAAUGUUAACGUGGUUAUUUUUAUUAUUAUACAUUGUGUAUUAUAAUUUUCUUUCAUGCUUUACGAUGAAAUAUGGGGGUUUAACAGUGAAAUAACAACAGUGAAAAUAUCAAUUUGAUAUUUUCACUGCAAAAUAAAGAGUAAAAAUAUCAAUUUUCAGAACUACUUUUAAAAUCCUUUGUUGUUACAUGUACUUGCCUUGGUCAAAACAGAACACUGGACUUCAGUAAAUUAUGUAAAAGAAUGUUAAAAAAAAAUAAAGAAAUAUUUUAUAAAUUUAAAUAAAUAUAUAAUUGGAAAUUAACAACUUACCGUUUAUUACCGGUUAUCCCGUUUAUCAAACAUUUUACUGAUCUUUGAAGCUGAAUGUUCGAACAUUUGCUUUCAUUCCAAACAAAUUACAGACAAAAACAACUGUUCGAACAAAAAUAAAAUUCUAUAGCAUCGUUCAAAUGUAUUUUGAACUGUUAACCGUUGUAGUACGUAAAAUGAGCUUCCUGGAGAAUUCCAACAACAAUUUACAGAUAGAUCCGAUAUUUUUUACCCCACCCACAUCUCAAAAUGUGUCAACAAACUAGCGUGGCAUUUACUCUUCUGGAAAACAAACAUUUUAAAGCGAAACAGACUGGUCUCUGACAGUAAGAUGACUGAAUAUUAACUUACUAUAAAAACACGCGUAUAUGCAGUCUUAAACUAAGAAGAAUGGUUAAAAUCCAAUGAGUAUCCACAUUUGUUUUGCUAACACAUUUGACCUUCCAAAUUUUCAUUCUAUAAAUAGCGGCGUAGUAAUUUGGUUAAAAUAAAAAGUGUUUUCAUUAUUUUUUUGGAACAUUUAUGCACUAAUAAUACUUCAUUUUUUACUGUUCAUAAAGCUUUGCAAUAAAAAAACGAGCUAAUAUUAAGCUACAAGAAUAAAUAGCAGAGAACUAUUUCUCAGCAAACCGAAAGUAGAAAAGUUGACAGCUAUAAUUAUGCAUGAGGGGCGCCCCACGGGUAGCGGCGUAAAGCCCACCCUUUUCAAAAAAGGGGGUAAUUCAGAAAUAAAUAAAAAACAAAUAAAACUCCGAAAAUAAGCAUAAAAGAAACAGAAAAUUUGUUUAUUUCAGUGUAAGAUCGUAUUUAAUUUCACUCGUGUUCAUAAAAAAACUACAUUUUCACUCGUGGCUUCGCCACUCGUGAAAAUAUGUUUUUCUAUGACACUCGUGAAAUAAAAUACGAUCUUACACUGAAAUAAACAAAUAUCCUCUAUAUUUUUGUAAAUUUACAAGAGUCUGUUAAUUCUGUUUUGAUCCUUAACAUGUGUAUUUAUAAUAUUUUAUUAUAUAGUUGAAUAAGAAUGAAACGUAUUUGCUCAUGUUUAUGAAGUUCUACUGUGUAAUAGCAAGCUUUUUUUUAAAUAAUUCAUUCAGUUUCACACAUGCACUGUGCACCGCCAUCUAUAUGAGCCGCUUAGUUAUGGAACGCCAAAUCUACAUAUAAAACUUAAAUAUUUGAAGGGCUAUUCAAACAAUAAUAGACUUUUUAAAAUCAGUUAUUAAAGAGAUCUCCAAUCGGAUUAAUGAUAUCACCGAUUAAAUGAGAGGUAUAUUAAAAUCAUUUAGAAUUUAUUAAUCAUUAAGAGAUUUUUAUUGAAGAAAAAAAUGGAGGCAGCGAUUUUUUUGCGUUUUUAACCUACUUUCAUAUAUAAAUACCUAACAGCAACUGGCAGUUAUUUUUUCGAACAUAAUUUUGUAAAUCCAAUGCUAAAAUGAGAGUUACUAAUGCUUUGGAACAAUAAAAGCAUCUUUUGCUUCAUUUAAGAUAAUUAUAAACAAAAGAGCUCUAAUAGGAAAUUUUGAUAAUAUUUUGUUUCAUUUUAACAAGCAAAAUUGUUUUCUCAAUGUUUAUCCUAAAAAACGUGAACAAAUCCCUAUGCUUAAUUUUGCCAAUUAUUUAUUUUUCCCCAUUAUUAAAAUGUUAACGUCAUUGUUUUAAAUAAACCUGUUU